AUGGUGCUAAUAAAGUUAAUUGAUGGAGAAAUUUAUCAAAUCGUACAAAAAACAAAUGAUGUAAAUAUUGUUUCUCAUGUUAUUCUAAAAUAUAAUUUAAGAACUUUUUCAAAAUGUGAAUCAGAUGGAGCAACUUCAAUUGAUCUUGUAAGAUUAAAUCAACAUUGGCAAAUGUGGGAUCUUUUAUAUGAAUUUGGACAUCAUAAAACAUUAAAUGAAAAUUAUGAAGAAUUUUCUUCAAAACAACAAAAAGAUAAAAUUAAUGAAUAUUGUUUGGAUGGAUUUAGAAUUUCCAUCUUUUCAUCAAGGACAAAUUUUCGAAUGUGUUGUUAUUAUUAUUGA